AUUGCAAACUCUUUUCAACAGCUAUGACACCUGCUCUCCAAGAGAAAACAAUGAAAGGUCAUGGUAUCUACUUAUCUUCCUUGUCUUCAAGAGCAAUGGAAUCCAGUGAAACACUUGCCAUGGGAAGUGCCAGACCUGUAAAAGAGAAGAUGAAGGAUGGUUCUGUUGCCAAGAUAACUUGCUCUGUGUUGGGUGUUCCCACACCCCAAGCGACCCAUAACACCGAUUGUUUUAAUUUAAAAUGCUUUGAUUCUCAGUCUUCGAAAGAUUAUUCUUUGUUAAUGAAGCCCAGUUUAACUGUCAGUGUAAAGACUAAAAACUGUUCACCAAGGAACUCAGAAGAGCAUAAUUGCACCAAGAUAAGAAAUACUUUCGGUAACAGCAUGAAUAAACACUUCAGCCAGAUUAUGAAUUCAGAAUCUGGGGAGCAGAUCAGAAAGGAAGCUUUAUCAGGAACUGCAAAGAAUGUACCAGAAAUUGGGAGAUUGCACGGUUUACAUUCAACUGAAUCUAGGAAUGAAGAAGAAAAGCUACUUCCUAAUUGUAAGUUAUAUCGGAAGAAUGGCUUUUUGGGGAAGGCUUUAUUUGUGAAUUCUGAGAUAAAACAAGGAGACUUAUUCCAUCAAGUACACCAUGACACCUUGGAAGCAGCAGUGAAUUAUUGUCCCAAUAGCAAAAAACAAGAAUUGAAUUUUCGCUUACUUCAGUGUGUAAACAAGCAACAAAUCCUGCUCAACCAGGCUAAAAGAACUCAGAAACAUUUGCAAAUUCUUUUGGCAAAGCAUGUUGUUAAACACUGUGAUCACCAAAUGAAAUGCUUUGUGAAGCAUCAGCUCCAGAGAAUGAAAGCUUUUCAUGACCCAACCAAUAUCCUAGGUAGCAGUGAUGAUAAAUGCACCUCAAUUAAAACUGAAAAUUUGAAUCCAGAUGCUGAUGGGAAUAAAGAUAUGCAGCAUGAUAUCGGUGUGGCACCUGGUGAAAUCAAGGCGUUUGCACGUUCUGCAGUAGGGCUGUUAUCUCAGAUGGAAGAGAGCUUGGAUUCUGAGGCCACUUGUAGCAGUUCGAGUGAAGAUGAUGAUGGUGAUGAUGAGCAAGUUUCCAGAAAAGCAAUGGCAGUAUGUGACUGCAAAUGGCUGGUAGAGAGAGCCAAAGUUGGCUGUCGCUGGACAUGGCUUCAAGCCCAGAUCUCAGAGCUAGAGUACAAAAUUCAACAACUCACUGACCUUCACAAGCAGAUCCGUGCCACCAAGGGAAUGGUAGUCUUAGAAGAAUUUUCCGUUUCAAAAGAUGCUCUGAAGAAGCGAAAACAACAGGCAGAUCAAGAAACUGUAUUAAAUGCCACUGGGACUUCUCAAGCUUCCCUUGAGAGACAGGAUGCCUGGCCGGAACAUGAUUUUGAAACGUCACCCAGCAGUCCAACUCUGCUUCUUCGUAACAUAGAAAAACAAAGUGCUCAGCUGAGUGAAAUAAUCAGCAGUCUCAUCACUCCCCUAACUCUAUCUCCUACAUCCUCCCCACUCUCCCCAAAAUCUUAUAAGCAGAAAGAACUGGUCAAUGGCAUCACUUUAAGAGAUCCUGAGCACAAUGAAGAAAUUUCAUCUUCUAGUAACUGGUUGAUUGAUCAACAGCAUCUGAAGAAAAGAAGGAAAGACAAGACAAAGCUGAGAACACCUUCUGUGAUGACCACAUCUGCUCGCACUAGACCACUUCAGAGUUUUCAGAGGAGAAAACUCUAUAAAAUGAGUACCACUUUCAGUUUGAACCAACAGACCAUGCAGCUGGAAGACAGAUUGUUUAACACGGAGGACGUGCAUUCAGCCUCCACGUGGGAUAGUUAUGAAUUGAGCCUGAACACACAAAAACAAUUCAUGUUAGAAGUGGAUGCUUCAUUCCAUCCUAUCUUAUCAUUUCCGACAGAUACUCCUCUUCAUGUACAUUUUAGGAGAUUGCUCAAGAAGUGUGAGAUCAAAGGUGAUCCUUUGGAGACUUCUGCCCUUGGUUUCGAAUUUAAAAUGUCUCCUUCAAAUGAAUAUUUUCAGUAUAAAACUCCUCCUCAACAGUGGAACUGUGGAUAUGAUUCCACUUCCAGAUAUCAAGCUUUGUCAGAAAUAUCUGAACAGAUGCCAGAAGGAAGGAAGAAAAGACAUUUAAGUGAAACGGUGACAGGACAAAGUAAGAAUAGAUUUGAAGCAUUUUCUUUUCAGCAUGAAGAACAGCAAUCCCAUAAUAAUUUUACAGGCCCAGCUAUUGGUGACAUGCUGUCUAGAUCAAGUCACAUUUCCUCAUCCCAGCUUAAUUCUAGACGGAGACUAAGAAGUGAGAGCUCCUAUGAUAUAGACAAUAUUGUCAUCCCUAUGUCGCUGGUUGCACCAUCGAAGUUGGAGAAACUGCAGUAUAAAGAAAUUCUUACCCCAAGCUGGAGAACUAUUACACUCAAGCCUUUGAGAUGUCUACAGGAAGAUGAAGAAAAGGUGGAAGAUCUGUCUGAUGAUAUCUUUGCUGUUCGACAUGCAAAAUAUGAAGACAAAGAGAGAGCUCGAUGGUCUCUGUGGGAGCAGUGCCAGUGGCCCAAAAGGAACAGAACCUACAGUAGAAGUUUUGAAGGACAAGAUCCAGCACUAAAAGAAAAACAGGUCAACUCCAAUUUGACACCCAAUUUUUCUGAAAACUCCACUGAUAAUACUUCAGAGAUAUGCAAUUAUUUCUGCUCGGGGACACCACAAUCUUCAGAAGGAAAUCAAGAAACAACGGCUGUUCUGUGGGCACAACGGACUUUUCCACUAAAUGAUAAAGAAGCAGAAGCUUUAAUAUGCCAACCUCUGAUAACAGUUGUACCAGAAAGUUCAAAUGUGGAUAUUCUCAGUAACUCUCACUGUCGUUCAUAUGGUGCCUUCAGUUUUCCAAAUGAUAAGCAGCCACAAAAGAAGGAAGAGCAUGCCCAGUAUUUGGAAACUAGCAGCCUGAGAAAACAAACGUGACAGAAAAUAGCAUGGACAUUGUGAAAUCUAAUUAGGAUGAAAGAAUGGGUAAGGUAAAGCAUUUUUGUGCUCGUACAAGCAGUAGCAGCUGGAACUAUAAUAUUUAUACUUACAACCCAUGUUUUCUUUCCCCCCUAUUUUUGAUAGGCAGUAUAGAAACACAAGUGUAGUUUCUUUUCAUCUGAACAACAAGAAGAAUGAUUUGACUCCAGAGGACUAAAAUCGAUGUCAAAAGUGCAUCUGCAACCAGCAUUUUGCUGCCAUGUUCUGAAAGACUGGAAAGACAUUUUAAGUACGUGUGCAGUUGCAGUCCAUCAGAUAGUGCUUCUCCUCCCACUUUAGCUUUAGCUUACACAGAAAGUCAAAUUAAGAAACUUGUGUGUGAGCGGCAGGCAUACAUAUAUAAAUACAUUGUUCCCUUUAAGGGGAAUGUUUUAUCCAGAGAAGAAUCAACUAUUUAUAAAUUUGAUUAUGUGGAUACAUACCUAUUGAGUUUUGUUCUGAGGGGCCAAAAUACAUUAAUUCUAAUCAGUUUUUAAAAUAUUUUUUUGUGUUUUAUAGUAGAUACAUAUGGAUUUUAAGUGCAGGGAAUAGAAAGGACUGAGAAGUAUUUUUAACUAAAAGAAACCCCCUCUCGAUUUCACAAGAAGUAUGCACUUUGUAACAUUUGAGCAAUAUCCAUUCCGCACUUGUACAGAAAAAUUAAUGUUUGUUUAGGUGUUACAUUUAGCAGUGUUUUACAUACUGUGCAUAAACCAGGGUUUUUUCCUUAUUCAUUUUCAAAUUUACUGUUUGGAAUAUCAUCCACAUCCUCCAGCGAUGUGGAUUGCCACUCACAUUCAGUGGCGCCUUUUUGAUUUGGCUAAGUUCUGCUGUCAAGAGGAUAGCUCUUCUGUUUUAAGACUUUUUGAAGAAGGCAUCUCGGUCAAGCAGGUUUUUAUUCAGUGUCCUAUCCAAAACUAUGCUAUAAAGUGGGUAGGUGGCCAAAUUUUUGUUUCCUCUUUAUUCCAAUGGACUGGAAGUACACUGGAUGUUGUAAAAAUGUUCAGUUGCAUUUCAACACUACAGCCUAUGUUAGAUUGUAGUUUAUUGCAAUUUUCUUUUAACUUUGGAAAAAAAAGAUUUUUGUUCAAAGAAUUAAACUUGGAUCUUGCCUCUGAAACAGCAAUUUUGAAUGCAAGUUUUUAAAAUAAAAAGUUAUUUCUGUA